CGAGGCUGUCAUCAACAACCUUAUUUGCAGGCUAGGAUGGCCAUAUUGUGCUUUAGCCAAUGUGAUGGUAUGGUAGAUAAGUUGAUAGAUAGUUUGGCGUGUUUUCAUAAUUUGCGACACGGUCGGCCUACUAGUAUAUUGGUGGGUCAUUCCCAGAACUGAACCUGUAGGUGAUGACUUGAUGUAGACCGGCUGAACAGCGAAUCAUCGGCUGCCUGUGCCUAAACCUCUCCUAACUCUGCAACUGGUCUAUCCUCGAACACGGAUACGGAUUCUUCGGGAUAAAUACAAAAACUCACUUUCGCAUUUGCGUGGGCUGCAAAAUACAAAAAUAUAGAAAUAUGAUAUAUAUAUAUUUUAUCGGAGCGAUUUAAGCUAAAGCAACUAAGCAGGAUACCAUGCAGGACGUCUCCGACAUUUGCAAAUGCUUCUGUAAUGGAUGAUGAUUAAAUCCUCUCUUUUUUCAGUUCCUGUGGUAGGAUCACAGUAUAGAAAUUGAAGUGAAUAUGACAAACUGGAUGCCACGGUUUUAAACCCGGACUAUACAUAGCUCACUGUUCACUAUGCAGCUAACCCUGGUUGCCAUCCGAAAUUAAGAAUUCUUGGCUUUAUCAUUGACGCUAUAACACAAUGUCAAUCACCAUUCCGAGUACUGUGAUGAAAGUAAUACUUGUUUCGUUGCAAAUUGAGAUGUCGGUCAUAUCUCGUGGAAUCCAGUCGUUCAGCGUCAUUACAACUAAAUAAGGAGCAGAGUAAAAUAAGGUAUAGGAUACAUACAGGGGAGAGCAAUGGAUGGAGCAACAAUCGUAACGCUCAGUUCUUUCUAUAUUUUCCUCCUUCUGUGGACAUUCACAGAAGCCGACAUCACUUCAUCCUGUCAUACUUUACUUAAGCACCCAUCGUUCGCCAAUGAUUCCUUGGAGGUCUUCACGGAUAAGAUUCUUUGCAGAGCAAAUGGAAAGGUUAGACCAAGCGCGAACACUGAUGAAAUUACAGUUGUCAAGGUACAGCUUUUUAUUAGCGGUUUUUUCGACUUGAACGAAUCCAGCAUGGAAAUCAAAGUUGACGUAUAUUUCCGUCAGUCGUGGCUAGACCCGCGGCUUGUGUAUAACGCGACCAGCGGCAUAAAGGCGCCCAUUACUCUCCGGCCACAUCAUUUGCACGACAUUUGGCGACCUGAUGCCGUGUUUGUCAAUGAAAGGAGAGGAGCUAGACACGACAUUACUGUACCUAAUAUCUACAUUAGGCUUCACCCGAAUGGUACCAUCAAUUUCAGCCAAAGGUUGACAUUAACCCUUUCCUGCCCGAUGGAUCUCCAUAACUUCCCAAUGGAUAAACAGGAUUGUCCAAUACGCAUUGAAAGUUACAACUAUUACGAAAAUGAACUUAUAUUUAUUUUCACGGAGAGGGAGGCAGUGUCCUUUAGAGAAAACAGCAGCAUCCCGGAAUAUUUUUUCGACAAGAAGGCGGACAUCGGCAACUGCACGUCUCACUAUGCCACGGGUGAUUACAGUUGCAUCGAAGCUGUCUUCCACCUGAGGCGAGAUUUCGGUUAUUACUUCAUCCAAGUGUACGUCCCCUGUUUCCUGAUCGUGGGCCUGUCCUGGAUCAGCUUCAUGCUGGACGUCCACGCCACACCAGCCCGGGUCUCGCUGGGGUUACUGACAGUAUUGACCAUGACGACUCAAAGCACAGGAUCCCGAGCCCAGCUUCCAAGAGUGUCUUACGUGAAUGCCAUGGACGUAUGGCUGGCCACGUGCCUUGUUUUUGUGUUCGCCGCGUUGCUUGAGUAUUCCGUGGCGAACGUGUUGGCGAGGUGGGAGGACCAGGCACUGAAGACUGCUCUUCUCAAGGAAGACGCAUUAAAGCUACCAGGAGAAAUACAUGUAAUGCCAGGACUACGAGAGAGAAAGGACUCGAAGGCUAUGGAGGACUCAAUCUUGAAACUAUUCAAAGUCCUAAACGUGGAUGAAGGCCAACCAUCAUGGGACAAGUCAUACAAAAGUCGUACAUCGUACAAAAUAGAGUACGCGGCAAGGAUUUUGUUCCCAAUUGCUUUUCUGAUAUUUAAUAUUUUCUACUGGUUAUAUUAUGUUGAACAGUAGUUGAGGAGAUUCUCUAUACAUUCCAUGGAAACAAAUUCAAAAAAAGGCAAAUUUUUCAAGCCCUACCAUAGGUGUAGCUCGGAGGAGCAUGACAAUUGUACCUUAUUUCAAAAUGAGAUGAAUGGUUGGCGUGCGGUCGGAGUCAUUAAAUUAAGUUGAUUAUCUUUAUCAUAUCAUUGUAAGUUAGCGAUUUUUAUUUGUUCAU